UGUAUGCGCAUAUAACUAAUUUGAAAUGAUGAGUUAUCAGAAGGGCCUCAAGGAUCCAAAUUUGGAUAGGCAUACCGGUAAAGCAAAAUCACGCCAUUUUACGGUGAACGGUCUGAGCGCUAAUAACACGCUUCAGCAGCAACAAUAUAACCUGCAACAGCAGCAGCAGCAGCAGCAGCUGCAGCCAGCGACAGACACACGCAACAUCUACAACAAUCCCUAUAACCCACAACAGCAACAGCAGCAACUGCUGCAACAGCAACAACAACAGCAGACACUACAACAACAGCCAUUACAACAACAACAACAGCCAUUACAACAACGCACAGCACACUUGCUUAAAGCGCUGGCUGCCACUGCUGCUGUUGGUGGCAACAACACGUUGAAUCAUCCGUAUGACUUUUCCACCUCAUCAUCAUCAUCGAAUGCAAACAAUGAGCAACAAGGAUCAUCAUCAUCGGAAGCAGAGAACGCUUUUCUAACUCAUAAUAACGUCUGCUUAAUCUUUCAGAUGCUCAAUUAA